AGGGACGCGCACACACGACGUACACGUACAGCAGCCCAACAUUACAGAGAAAAGACUACAAUCAAGCUUUACCAAACCACAUCAGCAUUUUAAUAUACAGAAAAAAAGAAAACAUCUUACAGAUAAAAACUGUCAUCCUAUUUUCCCACUCAGACAUUAAUGCAUCUGCUUCAGCGGUCGCCAUAGCGGUCCAAGCGAUCAAUUUCCUUCCCCUCUGCAUCAAAGACUGACCUGUGCUGCAAGAUGGCUGAGCUGAAUUUGGGGAAGGGUCUGACGGCUGGAAAAGUGGCCAGCAACGUUCAAAAAAAGCUGACCAGAGCCCAGGAAAAGGUUCUGCAGAAGCUUGGUAAAGCAGAUGAGACCAAAGAUGCUGCCUUUGAGGAGUGGGUCAUCAACUUCAACAAGCAAUACACCGAAGGGAGCAAACUCCAAAGGGACCUAAGAGCAUACCUUGAGGCAGUUAGAGCCAUGCAUGAGUCCUCCAAGAACCUACAAGCAUGUCUAGGCGACAUGUACGAGCCUGAGUGGUACGGCAAGGAUGAAGUUGAAUCCAUUCUGGAGGACUGUGAUGUGCUCUGGACUGAUUACCACCAAAAGUUGGUUGAUCAUGCUCUCAUCUCUAUGGAUACCUACCUGGGUCAGUUCCCUGAUAUUAAGGCCCGCAUUGCAAAGAGAGACAGGAAGCUGGUGGAUUACGACAGCGCAAGACAUAACUAUGCUGCUACACAUAAGACAAAGAAAAAAGAUGGGGGCAUUAAGAUUACAAAGCCGUCCACCUUGCUAGAAAGGGCCACCCCAGGUUGGGCUCAGGGUAUCUUGUCUGCACACAAUCUUGCUCAGACAAGUCUCUCCAAGAGCCAGGCCGAAGAAGAAUUGGAAAGAGCCCAGAAGGUUUUUGAGGAGAUUAAUCUGGACUUGCAAGAAGAGUUGCCUUCACUCUGGAACAGUCGUGUUGGAUUUUAUGUUAGCACUUUCCAGAGUUUGGCGGGCUUUGAAGAAAAGUUUCACAAGGAAAUCAGUCGGUUGGAUCAGGAUUUGCAUGACGUGUUGGUGAAAUUGGAGGAUACAGACCCAACCAGAAGAACAGGUCACCUUGGUGCAGCAUCUUCGGGACCAGGGAGGAGUGAUAGAGAGGAAUCUAACCACACUCUCAGACCGGGAGGACCGCCUCCAAUCCCCAAAUCUCCCUCCAAGCUAAGACCAGCAGUGCCUCCACCACCAAAGGUAACUCCAUCUAAGGAUUUAAAAACAGAGAACAUCAUCAACCUGUUUGAUGCUGCCGCAGCUCCUGAUAUCAGUGUCACCUCUCCUACAGAGUUUGACAGUCCUGCAAGCAGCAACCUGUUGGAUAUGGACCUGGACUCUUUCAGUGAAGCAACCAAAAUCCCCACAACCUCUCAGCCUGCUAACUGGGACUCAGUGCCUGAGGACACCAGUAUCCAGGAAGAAGACACCCCAAGGCACUAUGACCCUGUUGUUGCUGCAACAGAGGCCUGGGGUGAUGAUGGUACACAGCCUAUCCGCUAUGACCCCAUAGCAGCAGCCACAGAGGGCUGGGGCGAUGAUGGAACCCGACCCAUUCGCUAUGACCCUGUGGCUGCAGCGCAGGAGGGAUGGGAUGACAAUGAGAACCAGUCAGCUCAGCAUGAUACUGUUGAAGAGGCCCAGGAUGGAUGGGGUGAUGAUGUAGACCAGCCUGUCAAAGAGGAGCAAGCUGAAGCUGAAACACCCGCUGAUGAUGCUCCAGCUGAUGUGGUUGAGGAGGACACCACCACAGCUGCUCCUGAGAUGGAUGAGACAGAGGGUCAGGAGGAGUCUUUACCGCCAGCUGCAGCACCUGAAGGAGAAGAAGCUGUGACAGAGGAGACUCCUGCUAAAGCACCUGAAUCAACAGAAGACUUACCAGAGGCUGUAGAAAUGCCCCCUGGUUUCUUGUUUAAGGUUCAAGUAAUGCAUGACUACGCUGCCAAUGACACAGAUGAACUGGAGAUGAAGGCUGGUGAUGUGGUGCUAGUAGUCACCUUUGAUAAUCCUGAUGAACAGGAUGAAGGCUGGCUGAUGGGACUAAAGCAGGACGAUUGGCAGCAGAACAAGGAAAAGGCCACUAAAGGAGUAUUUCCUGAAAACUUCACACAGAGGCUCUGAAUGAAGGGCAAUUUCUUUUGGUGUUACUCUGUUCCUCUUGCCUAUUUAAGUCCUUCCCCUCUCUGCCCCCUCAACACUGUAUCCUAACAAGGACUUUGGCCAUAUAAACAGAGCUGUGACAGCCCUGGAUGAAGUCAUGCGUUUCUAAGGUCUGCUCAACAGUGGAUCUUUUCUUUUAUGUUUCAUUUUUGUUUCUCAUGAAAAGAUGUAGCCACACCAUGGGUCUGUUUGCCAUCAUGCUACUCUGUAUUUGAGCAGUGCGGCUCAUUCAGGAUAAAAAGUACUGAUAGUAACUGAUACAGUGGCUGCAGAUGGACACCACUUCUAUUAAUUUAUUCUAUAUUCAGAUUGAAAAUAGACUAACGUUUUUUGGAUGAUGGAGUAGUUGAACAAUCUUAAGAAAAACAUUUUUUUCAUAAAAAGUAAGUACAUCCUCUUUCAAUGGAGUUUUUUUUAGGAUCUGUCAGGAUGCUACUUUUAAAUUUUCAAGAUUAAGGAAAUAGAUAUUUGUUUCUUUUCUGGAUUUGUUUCUCUAAGGAAAUAGAGAAACAAAUCCCAUUUAUGCACCAACUUUAUGUGUCAAGGUGUAUAGAAGUUUAAAAAACACUUAAAAAUGUUCCAAUUUAACUUUUCUUUUUUUUUUUAUACUAUCACAAAUCAAUGCAUCAUAAUUAAGAGCAGGAGGAUUUUGUUUCUCAAAGAAAAAAAGAACAAAAACUAAAAUCAUCUUAGAUAUUUCAGUUUUAAUUUUUGUGUAAAGGUGGUAGUGAUGCUCAAAGAGUAUUUCCAAUUUCAAAACAUGAAAAAGACCAAUAUUUUUAGGAUUAGAUUCUGGUACAUAACCUGUAGAAGGGAAAGAGGGCAUACUUUCUUUUUAACAGUGAAAAUUCACUUUAAAUGGUUUAACAGAGAAAGAAAUGGGGAAAAAGUGCUAUUAUCUAGCUAACCUAAAGGGCAAAAAACGUCACUAAUAAGAAUGCUCACAAAAGGAAAAAAAAGUACCAUUUUAGAAAAUUCAAUUUGUUUUCAUCAAUGCUAAAAAAACAACAACAAAAGCAAACAAAAAAAACUCCAACCUCAUCAGGAAAGAUGUUUGUCUCGUUGGGGUAAAUCUGUCUGGUGAUUAACCUCCUCACACAUUGCCUUCAGGACACGUCAUGCAAAUCCUAUAUUCCUACUUCUAUUGUUUACUUGUGGAAAACGGACCCUUGGUUGUUGUGUUAGCUUAGAGCAGUGGCUCUCAAACCUGGGCCUCAGGGACCCCUGCUCUGCAUUCUUUAGAUAUGUCUCUGUCCCGGCAAGCCUGAUUCAGAUUAGGGCUCUUCCUCUGCAAUCAAGUGCUACAGAAGCCUGCUAAUCGUCCAACAUUUUCUGGUGUGAUGCAACAAGGAAACACCCAAAACAUGCAGGGCCGGGGUGGCUGAGGAUCAGGGUUGGGAGCCACUGGCUUAGAGUCUGUGAUGGCACAAAUAGUAUGAUCCUGGUAUUGAAACUUCAAAAAGUGAUAUAUGCAGAAGCAGUUAAAUCCAGAAAGACAACAGGAAUCCAAAAUAAACAAUUCUGGUUUCCUAAAGUUAAGACCUCUGUAACAUAUUUUUUAAUACUUUUGUGGAAUGGUCUUGUCUUCAUGUGAUUCAAAAUAUGCGUUGCUCAGGCUUGCUAUAACGCCACCCAGCAUCACAGAGAAGCUGUUGCUGGUCGUAUAAUAGAUGAGACUCUAAAUAUAAUCUGAUAUAUAACAACUGAGCCAGACUAACUCAUGUAGAAAUGUGCCGAAAACAGUUCCCUCUCUUUACAUAGAGACUUCAAAACUUCAAUGCAGAUGUUUAUGAUUAUGCACCAGAGCAACUUCUUUUAUUUUUAUAUGCUGCUGAGCAACGAUUACAUAUAGCCUAAUGUAACUAUGUUGUUAUGAUUGCCAACUGAGGAUGAUCUGGAGUAUCUUGUACUUAUCUGGAGCUCACUGCUCUCAGUGUAGUUGCAUACAUAUAGAACUAAUCUAGUCAUUCAUUCAGACUCUAACAUAAAAGUUUCAAAUCUCCUUAGAUUAUCAGUGUGUAAAAGGUGCAAGGGAGAGUGUCAGUGGGCAUGUGUGUGUGUUACAAAGUGUGUGAGGAAUACAAAUGUUUAUCUAUAAGAAAAUGUUAUUAAAAAUACCACCUACUCUUAAAGAAACAAUCGUAUCAAUAGGAGGGUUUUUAACGACAGUACCGAGGCAAACAUAUUGAAUCUUUUUCCACUGGCUGGUAUUAUGGUUCCAGGUGUUACAGUGCAUUUGUUGUUUAUAAGUGUAAUUUUUUUCCAAGCUGUGAUGACAGAUACAUAUUCUAAGAAGACAUUCAUAUCUGUAUGUGAGUAACUGUGAGCAUGCUGACUUUCCAUGUGUUGUUGUGUGAACACCCUUAAUUUAAGGCAGUGAUACUUGAGUCACUUUUGAGGCAGUUGCGACAAGAUAUGUCUUCUUUAUAUUUUUUAUUUGUUUGUUGUUUUUUUUAUGACUAUUCUUGGUGAGAGAGAUGGUAUGGGCAUUACAUGGGUUUUUAUUUCAAUUUUUUUCUCAUAAGUUUGUCCUUUUCCAUCUGCCGUGCCUCAAAAUGUUUCUACGUAUCGUGGUCCAAAACCAAGUGAAUUGCAGGGGAGGCAGGACUCAUAGAGGGAAAGUUCAUGCAACCAGACUCAGGUGCACAGAUUAUUCUUUUUUUUAUAUAUAUAUCUAUAUACUUUUCAGUAUUUUAGCCACUGUGGAUGUGCAUUAUUUUUCCAGGGUGUAUAUGAAAAAAAAUGCAUAAGAGAAAAGUCACUUACAUAUUUGGGUAGAUAAUCAUAUUUUGUUUGAAAAUUUUGUGUAUGGAUUGGAGUGUUUAACCUGGGUCUGGUUCUGUCUCCAGCUGUAUGGCUCAGCCUCUAAUGGUGAUAUCUGGGAUAUGAGAAAAAGUUUUUUUUUCCUGUUCCUUAAUGACCAGUAGUAAUAAAGAUGACUUAGAAUCUG